AUGACGAGCGAGCCGGCCGACGGCGCCACGGUCGCCAGCGUCGAGAGCGCUGUGCUGCGCUUCGACGAGCCGGUGCGGCUGACCGCGGUCACGCUCAGCAACGGCGCCGGCGAGGAGAUCGCCUUGCCGCGCUCGCGCAGCCUGGAGCCGGCCGCGCAGGUCUCGCUGCCACUGCCGGAGCUGCGCCCCGGCGACUACCGCCUGGACUGGCGGGCGCUGUCAGCCGACGGGCAUCCGGUCAGCGGCGGCUUCGACUUCACCCUUGAGCUGCUUCGGGCGGGCCUCAGUCUGCUCGCCAGCCUCGGCAUUCUCGGCGGCGGCGGCGCCCUGCUGUUCGCCGUCCUCCUGCCGCGGGCGCCGGAGCCCGCCUUGCGGCUGGCGCGGCAUCUCGCCUUCGCGGGCUCCGGGCUUGCCCUGCUGGCCCUGCCGCUGCGCUUGGGGCUGGACGUGGUCUUCCUGGGCGGCGGCUGGACGGCCGGCCUCGACCCGGCGCUCUGGGAGGUCGUGCUGACGAGCCCCGCCGGGCAGGCGGCGCAGGUCCAGGCCGGCGGACUGCUGCUGCUGCUCGCCGGCACCGCGGUGCCGCCCCUGCGGCGCCUGGUCGGCCUGCCCGGCCUGCUGGCCGCCCUCGCCGGCUUCGCGCUGCUCGGCCACACCGCCGACCUGCAGCCGACCUGGCUCGCACAGGCACUGCUGCUGGUCCACCUGGCCGGGCUCGCCUUCUGGCUCGGCAGCCUCUGGCCGCUGCUGCGCUGCACCGAGGCGCCGCCGGACCAGGCGGCCGCGGCGAUGGAGCGCUUUUCGCGCCAGGCCACCUGGGCGGUGCCGCUGCUGCUGGCCGCCGGCCUGGCCCUGGUGGUCUGGCUGGUCGGCCGGCCCGAGGCGCUGGUCGACACGCUCUACGGCCGACUGCUGCUGGCCAAGCUCGCCGGCGUCGCCGUGCUGCUCGCGCUGGCCAGCGCCAACAAGCUGCGCUUCGUCCCCCGCCUGUGCCGGGGCGACCCCGCCGCCGCCGGCCGCCUCGCCACGGCGAUCCGCCUGGAGCUGCUGCUGGCCGUCGGCGUGCUGGCCGCAACGGCGCUGCUGACCAGCCUCGCCGGCCCCCCGACGUGA